AUGUCUUCUUCUCUUCAGUUUAAAAAGGUUGCAGGUAGUGAUGGGUCUUCUGCAUGGAACACCAAUGACCAGCAAUAUAAUGCGUUCGUUCAUGAAGGAGAUACUGAUACUCCGACUUACGUUAAAACAUUCCAAAACUGCGUUCGUAUAUUGAAGAAGUAUGCCAGGUUUGUGGGUCCCGGAUUAAUGGUUUCCGUUUCAUACAUGGACCCGGGGAAUUUCAGUACCGCUGUGGCAGCAGGUUCUGCGCACAGAUAUAAACUUUUAUUCUCUGUUCUGGUCACCAAUAUUCUAGCAGCAUUUUGGCAAUGCUUAUGUGCUAAGUUAGGUGCCGUCACCGGAUUAGAUUUGGCUCAAAAUUGUAAAAAACAUUUACCUCCGACCCUCAAUUUGGUUCUAUACGUGCUAGCUGAAGUGGCGAUUAUUGCUACUGAUCUUGCGGAAGUGGUUGGUACAGCAAUCUCCUUGAACAUCCUUUUCAAGAUCCCGUUGCCACUAGGUGUCAUUUUAACAGUAGUGGAUGUCUUGGUUGUGUUAUUGGCAUACAAGCCUAAUGGAUCCUUGAAACUUGUACGGUGGUUCGAAGCCUUUGUUUCGUUACUCGUGUUUGCAACAGUGGUUUGUUUCGCAAUCGAGUUAUUCUCCGUCCACAUCGACUCUGUAGGUGAAGUGUUUAAGGGAUUCCUACCGUCAAAAGCUGUUUUCGAGAGUGAUGGUUUGUAUCUAAGUUUGGCAAUUCUUGGAGCUACAGUUAUGCCCCAUAGCUUAUACCUCGGAUCAGGUGUUGUUCAACCAAGAUUAAGGGAUUACGACAUCAAACAGGGACAUUACAUUCCAUCACAAAAUGAUGAAGAUAAUAACCAUGAUAAUUACAAACCUUCUAUCGAUGCAAUCCACGACACAUUAAAUUACACAAUGGCUGAAUUAUUGGUUUCAUUAUUUACUGUUGCCCUAUUUGUUAACUGUUCGAUCCUAAUUGUAGCUGGUGCCACUCUAUACGGGGUAACUUCAAACAAUGCGCACGAAGCAGAUCUUUUCUCCAUCUAUAAUCUAUUAUCAGAAACUCUUUCAAAGACUGCUGGUACAAUUUUUGUCUUGGCCUUACUAUUCUCUGGGCAAUCUGCAGGUAUUGUGUGUACUCUAAGUGGACAAAUGGUCUCGGAAGGAUUCUUAAAUUGGACUGUUGCUCCAGCAUUAAGGCGUGCAUUGACGCGUGUUGUUGCUAUAACACCAUGUUUGAUUUUAGUAUUGGUGGCCGGUAGAAACGGUUUAUCAGGGGCUCUCAAUGCCUCACAGGUGGUUCUCUCGUUACUAUUACCAUUUGUGAGUGCUCCAUUGAUUUACUUCACUAGUAAUAAAAACAUUAUGAGAGUUCCUUGGGCUAUAGAUUGUUCUCAAGAACCGUCAAACUUAUUUGCAUUACAGAAUUUGUCUUCCAGUAACUUAGCCACAGAUGAUGCUACCGUUAUUGCUCAUGAUACUGAUGAUGAGGUGGACGCUCAUCUAAUUAAUUCCCCUGAACCUCUAUCAGAUGAGUCUGUUCAUUACAAAGAUUUCAGUAACAGCAUUUUCACUACGGUUGUUGCUGUCAUUGUAUGGAUCUUCAUCUCCGGUUUGAAUUUCUAUUUACUAAUAUCUUUUGCUAACGGUCAGGACGUCCAUUUGUAG